UUCCAUUUCCUCCCUACCCCUCAACUUCUCCAAGAAGCAAUGGAAGGCAUCAAUGGUUGGUUGUCCUUCCCCUUGUACCAAAGCUUCAACCAUGAUUUUGCCAUUCGAAGGUUUUGCCGAGCAAGAGUUGAGUUGGAGCGAGGAGAGUGGGAGGAGGCAAUGAAUGAGAUUGAAUCCUUUUCUCCUGAUGACGAAACUGGCACCCCCCACUUAGCUGCUUCAGAGGUAGAUGACUUUGUUGAUAGCUUCAUUAACAUGGAUGUUGGUGAUGAUGAAGAUAGAGAUGAUCGUAACUCCAAUAAGAACCAAGAUUUCCAUCAUUUUCAAGAUGAAAUUGGUGCAUUUUCGAUGGUAAAUGAAGAUUUGGGAGAUGAAUUGGAGAUGAGUGGCUCAUGUGAAGAUUUUGGAGUACAUGAAAUGGUGCCUAGUGUGGAAGAGGUGAGCCAUGGUGUAGACCAAGGGCUUCACUUGGUGCAUUUGUUGCUGGCAUGCGCCGAGGCUGUGGGCUGCCGCGACACACAGCUUGCAAACUCUAUGCUCUGCCAAAUUUGGGCAUCGGCUACUCCUUGGGGUGAUUCACUGCAAAGGGUUUCCUAUUGCUUUGCAACAGGCUUGAAGUCCAGAUUAUCACUUCUUCAAAAUGUCAAUGCAAAUGGCACAAUCACAAACUGUGCAAUGGAUUUGCCCUUGAUAACUAGGGAGGAGAAAAUGGAGGCUUUUCAACUCCUUUACCAAACAACUCCUUACAUUGCUUUUGGUUUCAUGGCUGCGAAUGAAGCUAUAUGUCAAGCAGCACAAGGGAAGGAUUCUUUGCACAUCAUUGACCUAGGAAUGGAACACACCCUUCAAUGGCCUUCCCUGAUAAGAACUCUAGCAUCAAGGCCUGAAGGUCUCCCAACUCUCCGAAUCACUGGAUUAACCAGUAAUCAAGAUCUGCUAGAGCUUGAAGCCAGCAUGAAGUCCCUUGUCGAGGAUGCUAGCUCGCUAGGCAUAUCAUUGGAGUUCCACAUGAUACCAGAGCCACUUACACCAUCGCUUUUGACCAGAGAGAAUCUCAACUUAAGAGAAGGGGAAGCAUUAUUCAUCAAUAGUAUUAUGCACUUGCACAAAUAUGUCAAAGAGAGUAGAGGAUCUCUAAAAGCAAUCCUCCAGGCAAUCAGGAAACUGGGCCCAACUUUGCUUACAAUGGUGGAGCAAGAUGCAAACCAUAAUGGACCAUUUUUUCUUGGGAGGUUCCUUGAAUCCCUUCACUAUUACUCUGCCAUUUUCGAUUCCCUCGAGGCUAGUUUACCUAGACAUAGUCCUCAAAGGAUGAAGAUAGAGAGGCUUCACUUUGCAGAAGAAAUUCGAAACAUUGUAGCUUAUGAGGGCACAGAUAGAAUCGAAAGGCAUGAAAGAGCUGAUCAAUGGCGAAGACAGCUAGGCAGAUCUGGGUUUCAAGUAAUAGGGUUGAAGUGCUUGAGUCAAGCAAGGAUGAUGCUUUCUGUAUACGGGUGUGAUGGUUACACCCUUGGCAGUGAGAAGGGCUGCCUCCUCCUUGGGUGGAAAGGCAGGCCUGUAAUGCUGGCAUCUGCUUGGCAACUGCACAAUGUUUCAUCCUCCUAGUAUCUUGGAUGACAUCGUCUCAAGGCAUAAUUAUUGGUCUCUGGUUUGGCAUUGACAUUCAUUGAACUAGCAAUAGAAUAUAAGAUAUAUUAUGUUCUUAGCGACAAUCACAAUACAUGCCUAAUGGCACUUAGUAUUCAAUCUCUACGGUUCUUUCGAGAAAUUGCCGUUUUUGGGUUUCUAGAUUUGUUACAUAUCUUACAGAACUCCUUGGCUGGCUAUUGCCAUAUACUUAUUUGCACUUUCUA